AUGUCCCAAAAGGUGUUCGUCACCGGCGCAACGGGCUUCAUCGGCCGUCUGGUCACAGAUCUCGCUGUCAAGGAAGGGUACAGUGUUCGCGGUCUCUCGCGUCGUGAUGAAGGAGAUGCUCUGCUCAUGUCUCUUGGUGCAACUCCCGUUCGCGGCGACCUCACCAAUGCCGAGCUCCUCACAGAGGAGAGCAGAAAUGCCGACAUAGUCCUGCACCUUGCGUUCGACCAUGACUUCUCCAAGCCCUACCAGCAACUUGUCGACACUGAAAUCGCCGCCGUCACUGCACUUGCCAAAGGCCUUGAAGGAACCGGCAAAUCCCUCGUCGUCACCAAUGGCACUGCAAAUGUCGCAGCAGACCCCAACGGCGGAGAGACGGACGAAUCUGCACCUCUAGCUGAUCACUUCCUCACGAACCGCGAUGUCGCAGAGAAGCAUGCUCUCUCGUUUGUCGACAAGGGCAUUCGUGUUGUCUCCAUUCGUCUUCCUCAGUACGUCUACGGCCGCGGGAACGCCACCGGUUUCGCGGCGCAACUGAUCAAGAUGGCGAUCAAAUCGGGCGAGUCCGUGUACAUUGGCGAUGGCGAGUACUGCUUCUCGGAUGUGUAUGUCGAUGACGCUGCGCAGCUGUACCUCCUUGCUGCCAAGCACGCAAAGCCCGGGGACAUCUUCAACGGCACUGGCCACACAACCACGACUUACAAGGCCAUAGCGACUGCCGUCAGCGAGCUUGUGGGAGUUCCCGAUCGCUCCAUUACUCGGGAUGAAGCAGUUGCGCGCUGGGGCCCAUUCUUGGCUGGAUUCAUUGGAGUCACCAACCGUGCAUCGAACCGCAAGGCUGUUGAGCAGCUUGGCUGGAAACCUGUUGGACCGGGUUUGCUUUGGGAGGUACGCAGUGGAAGCUAUGUGGCUGUUGCGGAGAAGUUCAUGAAUGAGGCUGCUGCUCUAUAA